UCUGCUCAUAGGGCGUGUGUGACUCCGCGUCUCGAGCCAAAUCUCAACCGGACUCGCGCUCGUCUCAGCAGAAGUGGACAUGGAUCAAUGAGAUUACGGAGCUUCAUGAGAACAAGUGAAACGCAAGGAUGUGAUCUCCGUUGGGACGGACAGCUGCCGCUGCGCGGAUGACAGACUUCAUGACGGCUCCCCUCGUCCAGCCCACAUGCCCCGGAGAACCACGCACGAAAGGCGUCGAGUUCCAGCUGACCUGUAACCUGUAUCGAGAGAGCCUCAAAACUCAGGUCUGGCUUUGUUUCUUAAUUCUGAGCUUCUCAACUACAUCUACCUGUGCUGUCUUAAGGCGGGAUAGGACUCAUUUACAGGAUUGCGUAGACUGGCUAAAACCCUCCAUUGAGAAAUCCGAUGCUAUGCUGUAUGCUCCAUCAGCCGAUGAUGUUGAAGGGAAAUGUAAAAUAAUGUCGCUGAAAUGUUACAUGUUGGAGCUGAUCAUGGUCAUCGAUGAAGAAGAACUGUGGGAGAACACGAAAACAGGAUGCAUCCUUGAGUUUAAUGACAAACUGCCUCCUGAAGAUGAAUAUGUUGGCUGUCCACCAUGUGAAGCAUACACACUUAGAAAUAUUACAAUAUUCCUGGACAGACUUAGUAAUCUAUUGCAAGAAAUGAAUGCAGCGGAGAAUGUAUAAAUCAUGUAAAAUGAUGAAAACAUGAUAAGCUAUAUAUGUGUAUAUGUAUAUUUGUAAAGAACUGUGCCUGUGCUUUUUUUUUUUGUAAAUAUCACAUUUUUAAUGCAACCAUGACUAAAAGCACUCCUGUAUUUAUGUCAGACCUUUGUAAGUAGAAUGUGAACCAGUUUAAAUGUAUACAAUGGCUUUUAGCUAUUCUCUUGUUGAAUAUUAAGUUGCUCCGUCCCUUUAUGUCUGCAUCCGCCCUAACAGUUAUACAUUUUUAAAGGUGCAUCAUGGAGUAGCUUCCAGCAGCUGUAUGUACUGUGAUAAUAAUACACUGUACUUAUUUUAUUAAACUCUCUGCUCAACACUAGUGAAUGUAACUCCAGUGAACUCCAGUACAAGACGUGUCCUCAUAUCGUUUUGUACCUCCAGUAAAAAAUGUCAAAACUA